AUGAAAAAAUUUAACCUCAUAUUUACUAUUUCAUGGGCAUUAUUCAAUUCUUUGUUAAUAUAUGGACAAAAUUUCUAUGAUUCCAAUCCAAAUAUCAUUGAGUUAAAUUCAAGAACUUUUGAUAGAGUUAUUCAUCACACUAACUACACUACUUUGGUGGAAUUUUAUGCACCAUGGUGUGGAUAUUGUCAAAAAUUAAAACCAAUAUUGGAAAAAACAGCUAAACAAUUAAAUGGUAUAGUUCAAAUUGCUGCAAUAAAUUGUGAUCUUGAUAUGAAUAAACAAUUAUGUGGCCAAGAAUCAAUUGAAGGUUUCCCUACUUUAAAAGUCUUUAGACCUCCUAAAAUUAAUUUUAAUGUGAAACCUGAGGAUAGGGUUGACUUUAAAACUCAUGCCAGUGAAGUCUAUAUUGGCGAACGAAAAGUUUCACCAAUGAUUGAUUUUAUGAUAUCAAGAAUCAAAUCUUACGUAAAAAGAGUUCAAAACAUUAAAAAUUUAAGAAACUUAAUUUGCAAGAAAGAUAAAGAACAAGAAUUGAAAGUUGUUUAUUUUUCUAAAAAUGAAAAAGUUUCAAGUGUAUUUAAAACUCUGGCAAUUGACUUUUUAGGAAAAGUAAAAUUUUACCAUAUUACAAAUGGAGUUUUUAAAGGUUUUGAAAAUGAUGAAGUUGAGAUUAAUAAAUCAAUGAAAACAUACCCAAACAUUACUAAAUUUCUGCUUGAAUUAGAAAAAGAUCAAAAAGAUAAAAACAAUUCCAAAAACAAUCGCCUGGUAUUCUUCAAAGCUCAAGAAGAUAAAUAUUUAGAAUACUCGGGUGAAAAUUUUAAUAAAAUUGAUAUUGAAAGCUUUAUUAUGAAAGAAUUUAAUAUAACACCAACAGAAGGUCCGCUAAGUAAAAAGGUGAGUAUAUAA